AUGGAUUUCUCCAUCGAUGAAUUGCCGGCUGUUAAAGCCCUAGGCCCGCUGUUUAAGUUGACAGAAGUUAACUUAUGGGACCCUGAAUCAAAUGAAUCAUCUUAUUUUCAAGAAUCUCAUAAACUUAUUGACGGAGAUAAGGAUUAUGGAAAAGGCAGUCCGGCGAGAUUCAAUGAAUUCGCUUCAAUACCGGAGGACUUACAGAUUGCCAAAGAACUGAAGGAUUUGGGACUUCCAUAUUCUUUCCAUACUAAUAAGGAGAUGAGACACACAGUCACUUGUGGGAAAAGGAAAAGCACAAGAAAGAAAAACCAGCAAAGUCAUAUUGAGUUCGACGGCAACAUGGAAAAUACUCUGAAGCCAAAGGAUGUGGAGAAAAAUAGUUUUCGGGCUAGCAUAUAUGAUACCUCCAAUAUGCUUAACAACAAUGAAGUAUCAAAUAAUGGUUUAGUGGCUGAAUUUGUUUCUGACGUAUAUGGGUUAUCGAACCUCUCUCUUGAAAAUGGGGGCUUGGUUGGUUCCACCACAUGCAGAAUGAGUACCCUCAGCAAUGGACACAAGUACUUUGGUGAAGUUUCUUGUCUUGAAUUUGAUCAUGGUGGAACUUCAGAAGGAAGCUGCCUAAUAAAUAAAGCUGCUGACUGCGACUUGAAGGAAAUAAACGGAGAAUCAGGUUCCCUUUUGGAUCUAGAUCAUGAAACUGUGGGGCAAGCUAAUAAGGUCAAUGAGUCUUCUAGUUCCGGAGAAUGGGUAGCGUAUUGGGAUGACUUUUACAAGAAUACCUACUUUCACAAUGCCGAAACUGGAGAGUCCACGUGGGACCCUCCUUCAGGAAUGGAACAUCUUGUUCAAGGGCCUGUUGAUGUAGUUGAUGACGAAGCUCAAGCUUCUUGUGAUUUGUCAAAUAUGGUUGAAGGGCUUUCUCCUGAUAAUGUUUUUAGCAUGUGCACAGUGAAGAGGAAAAAGAAAAUCAGGAAAAAACCGAGCAGGAAAUUAUCUGUUUCGAGCGAAGAUAUUCAAGAAGUCUGGGAAGAAGUUCCUCCUAUUAUAAACAAGUACUGGUGCCAGAGGUACACAUUGUUCUCGAGAUUUGAUUAUGGGAUUAAGAUGGACCAGGAAGGAUGGUUUUCUGUGACCCCAGAGCUGUUAGCCAAGCAUCACGCACACCGUUGUGGUAAUGGUGCAAUAGUUGAUUUUUUCACGGGAGUUGGUGGCAAUGCCAUUCAAUUUGCUCAACGGAGUAAAAAUGUGGUCGCAAUUGAUAUUGACCCCAAUAAAAUUGACUAUGCCCGGUAUAAUGCAUCCAUAUACGGAGUGGAUGGCAACAUAGAUUUCAUUAAGGGCGACUCUUUUUCAUUGGCCCCUAAAUUAAAGGCAAAUACUGUCUUUAUGUCUCCGCCUUGGGGAGGUCCCAAUUAUUCAAAAGUGAAGAAAUUUGAUAUAAACACUAUGCUUAAGCCACGAGAUGGGCAGUUUCUCUUUGAUGCUGGAAAAUCAAUUGCUCCCAUGAUUGUCAUGUUUCUCCCAAGAAAUGUCGACAUAAAUCAAUUGGCCCAGUUAGCCUUAUCCGCUACACCUCCAUGGUCUUUAGAGGUAGAAAUGAACUACCUAAAUGGCAGAUUGAAAGCUGUUACAGCCUAUUUUAAGGAAGCCGCCGUUUAA